AUGGAAAGGACCAAUAAGAGCAGCCCAGUAGGAUUUAUUCUGUUGGGUUUCUCUGACCAGCCCCAACUGGAAAUGAUUCUUCUUUAUGUCAUCUCCGUCUUUUACAUCCUGACAUUUGUGGGGAACACAACCAUCAUUCUGAUAUCUUACCUGGAUCCUAAACUCCACACGCCCAUGUAUUUUUUCCUCUCCAAUCUUUCCUUCCUGGAUCUCUGCUUCACCACCAGCAUUAUUCCCCAAAUGCUAUGGAACUUUAGGGGUCCUGAUAAGAACAUCACUUACAUUGGCUGUAUGAUUCAGUUUUUUGUGGCUCUGGGGUUGGGUUCUGCUGAGUGUGUUCUCCUGACUGUCAUGGCUUAUGAUCGCUACAUUGCCAUCUGUCGGCCCCUUCACUAUACUCUUAUCAUGCACCCAAGGCUACUUAAACAGUUGGCAGUUGUGAUCUGGAUCAGUGGCUUCCUAGAAUCCUUGGUUCAGUCAAUAUUGACUUUUCAGUUGCCUUUCUGUAGUCACCACAAGGUGGAUGAUUUUAUGUGUGAAGAGCCAGCCUUGAUUAAAAUUGCUGCUGUGGAUACUACCUUCAUAGAAACUGAGCUUUGCAUAGCAAGUAUCCUUUAUGUUAUGAUGCCCCUAGGUCUCAUCCUAGUCUCCUAUGGAUGCAUAGCUAGGACCACAUUAAAGAUAAAGUCAACUGAAGGACGGCGGAAGGUAUUUGGGACUUGUGGUUCCCAUCUGAUGGUAGUAACCUUAUUCUUUGGAACAGUACUCAUUGUCUAUAUACAGCCCAAAAAUAAAUAUACUCAGAAUCAGAGUAAAUUCCUCACCCUCUUCUAUACUGUGGUUACCCCUACCCUUAACCCCAUGAUAUAUACCUUAAGGAACAAAGAUGUGAAGGGGGCAUUGGGAAGAUUGCUGGGUUGA